AUGAAGGGAAGCGGGACCCUCCUCUUGGUGGCUGUCACUUCGCUCUGUGCCUGCGGGCUGGCCACAGGCGAGGACAACAGUGACUUUUUCAUGGAAUUUCUGCAAACGCUGCUGGUGGGGUCCCCAGAAGAGCUCUAUGAGGGGCCCCUGAGCAAGUAUGAGGUCAACGCAGACGCCAAGGCAGCCCUGACUGAGCUCAAGUCCUGCAUAGACGGCCUGCAGCCCAUGCACAAGGCGGAGCUGGUCAAGCUGCUGGUGCAGGUGCUGGGCACUUAG